CGCCCCCAGGCCGGCGCCUGGCAGAAGCUGGAGGCGUCGCGCGAGUACAAGAACCAGAACCGGCUGCGGGAGUACCAGCUGGAAGGGGUUAACUGGCUGCUCUUCAACUGGUACAACAGGCAGAACUGCAUCCUGGCGGACGAGAUGGGGCUGGGCAAGACGAUCCAGUCGAUCGCGUUCCUGCAGGAGGUGCACGGCGCAGGUGUGCGCGGGCCGUACCUGGUGAUCGCGCCGCUCUCCACCAUCGCCAACUGGGAGCGCGAGUUCGGCACCUGGACCGGCCUCAACACCAUCGUGUACCACGGCAGCCUGGCCAGCCGGCAGAUGAUCCAGCAGUACGAGAUGUACUGCAAGGACGCCAAGGGCCGGCUGAUCCCCGGCGCGUACAAGUUCGACGCGCUGAUCACGACGUUCGAGAUGAUCCUGUCGGACUGCCCCGAGCUGCGCGAGGUGCAGUGGCGCUGCGUGGUCAUCGACGAGGCGCACCGCCUCAAGAACCGGCACUGCAAGCUGCUGGACAGCCUCAAGCACAUGGAGCUGGAGCACAAGGUGCUGCUGACGGGCACACCUCUGCAGAACACGGUCGAGGAGCUCUUCAGCCUCCUGCACUUCCUGGAGCCCUCCCAGUUCCCGUCCGAGGCCGAGUUCCUCAAGGACUUCGGCGACCUCAAGACCGAGGAGCAGGUGCAGAAGCUGCAGGCGCUGCUGAAGCCCAUGAUGCUGUGCCGCCUCAAGGAGGACGUGGAGAAGAACCUGGCGCCCAAGCAGGAGACCAUCAUCGAGGUGGAGCUGACCAACGCGCAGAAGCGCCUCUACCGCGCCAUCCUGGAGCGCAACUUCGCCUACCUGGCGCGCGGGGCGGGGCACGGCAACGUGCCCAACCUGCUCAACACCAUGAUGGAGCUGCGCAAGUGCUGCAACCACCCCUACCUCAUCAACGGAGCGGAGGAGCAGAUCGUGGCCGAGCUGCGCGCCUCGCUGCCCGCGCCGGCGCCGCCGGACCUGGCGCUGCAGGCGCUGGUGCGCUCGGCCGGCAAGCGAUGGGCUGGUUUGAAGGAACCAUCAGUGGUCACUGCUGGUCACGUGUCCCUCACGUGUCCCUCACGUGUCCCUCGCGUGUCCCCAGGAGCGGAGGAGCAGAUCGUGGCCGAGCUGCGCGCCUCGCUGCCCGCGCCGGCGCCGCCGGACCUGGCGCUGCAGGCGCUGGUGCGCUCGGCCGGCAAGCGAUGGUACCCGUACGAGCGCAUCGACGGGCGCGUGCGCGGCAACCUGCGGCAGGCGGCCAUCGACCGCUUCAGCCGGCCCGACUCGGACCGCUUCGUGUUCCUGCUGUGCACGCGCGCCGGCGGGCUGGGCAUCAACCUGACGGCCGCCGACACCUGCAUCAUCUUCGACUCCGACUGGAACCCCCAGAACGACCUGCAGUUGAGGAAAAUAUGA